UAUAUUUAAAUGAAAGAAGAGAUAAAAUACAUAAUAGACCUCGCGUCGAGAAUUAUGUUGAAAGAAUUGUUCUUAUGAGAAAGAACUAAUGUUCUUCCUCCUUUUCUAAUCGUUGCUUUUCCGCGCAUUUCUGACGUCACGUAACUAGGAUGCUCAUGGUGACCUACCUUCCAACCAGGGGCACCGUGAGCGCUGAAACGUCACGUAUCUAUGACGUCACUUUGUUCAUUAGAACACUGCGAGCGUGAAUCGGACCGGCUGUGAACAUGCUGUUAGCGCUGUAAGCUUGUUCGGACCGCAGCCUAUAUCUAUGCGUACUGUCAUCGAUAUUUAUUCCUCGGUCCGGCCGGGGAUAACGGAAAUGUCAAGCGUUAUUUAGAACGGCAAACGGAAUCUCUUCGGCAGCUAAUAACGAAGAUCAGGAUGACUACGAAAUACUUGAGCACCGGGUCCGUCCCUCCACCCCUCAUACCUAGAAAAAUACGCUUGUACAGUAUGCGUUUUUGCCCAUACGCGCAAAGGGUACAACUCGUGCUGGAUGCCAAACAAAUUCCAUAUGAUGUUGUAUAUGUAAAUGUAACACACAUGCCAGACUGGUUAAUAGAAAAAAAUCCAUUGAAUAAAGUUCCCUGCAUCGAAUUAAAAGGAGGAGAAAUAUUAUACGAGAGCCUAAUUAUUGCUGAUUACUUGGAUGAUGCCUAUCCUCAAAAUAAAUUAUACCCAAGUAAUCCUUUAGCAAAAGCUAAAGAUAAGUUAUUAAUUGAUAGAUUUAAUGCAGUAAUAACGACUAUAUAUAAGCUAUUUUAUCUAGGUCCAACAUUAGAGCAUGAUAUGUUUAAUGAGGCAUUAAAUGGUUUAGAACUUUUUGAUCAGAAGUUGGCAAAAAGAGGAACCCCAUUUUUUGGAGGAGGCAAGCCUGGUAUGUUGGACUUUAUGAUAUGGCCAUGGUGCGAAAGAGCUGAUGUGAUAAGAAUUAUACAGGGAGAGCAAUUUAUCAUACCUAGAGAUAAAUUUUUGAAAUUGGGUGAUACAAAUUCUUAUAUGAUAUAGCUUGAAUGGAGAAACGCAAUGAAAGAUCCUGCAGUACAAGGUAGUUUCUUGGAUGUCGAAGCGUACGCCAAAUACAUAUGUAAUCGUAUAGCUGGGACACCUCAAUACGACUUAAUAAUUAAUAGUUAAAGAUAAUACUAUCUAAUUACAAAGCUCAUUCCAUCUGAGAAUCUCUUAAAUUCAAGUGAUGCAUUACUUUUUUAUAUAUUGCUGAUUUAAUAUAACAAAUUGCAUUCUAUAGCAAAAAUACAUAUUUAUAGAAAUAUGAAUAAAAUUCAUGUUUGUGCAAUAUCUAAAAUAAGCAUCAAUUUGUUUAUGAAAAAAGGCAUUUAUUUUUAUUGUUAUAUUAAUUGGCACAUAUGGAAAUAAAAAUUUCUUUUUCAUGAAAAAUUGUAUACAUGGUCUCACAAUGUUUAUUAUUUACCUAGUAUGCAAAUUGUUGUAUAUAAACUAUAUAAUUCUAAAAUGUAUUUAUAAUACCUAAUAUUUACAAAAUCUAACACAUCAAUUGGUAAGUCGUGAAUAUGCAUAACUUGAUAAUCAUAUUUCAUAUAAAAAAAAAAUUUGUAUAACAGA